GUGGGAAGAAGUCAUUACCGCUCUCAUAAUAUUCCCAGUUUGCGAAGCAUUCAGUUCACAAAAUUUCGGUUAUUCAUUUUUAGGAGUUGAAAAUUGUAAGCCUUCAAAAUUGAAAGUUUCAAAAUUUAGUCCGGAGUUUCCUAUCAGACACCGCAGCACACGCACCAAAAUUAUUAGUUUUAAAAGGACAUUUUAAUUCAAGUAAAAUCCUCGAAAGAUGAAUGCCUCAUUAAAAGUGGCUCGAUUGAGCCUGAACCGCUGUUUCCGGUUCGUUAGCCACAAGGCGCGGAGUGAUGUUUCCGGUUUGCGGCGACUGCCGGCAGCUUCCGGCCAAAGGCGCCGAUAUGCCGACCGAUACACCUUUGACGACAAGACCCAGGCCCAAAUCGAGGCCCUAAACAGCGACAUGAGCAUGGCCGAGGCUCCCCGGGAGUCUCCUUGGUCCGAGGAGGCCUCCGCCGACUUCCCCAAGCGCCUGGACGAGCUGGGCUACGAGUCGCACUGCAACGACCGCGUGUACAUGGCCAAGAACAAGUUCCGUGAUGCCCAGGACAAGUACAGGAUGGAGCGGGAGGAGCGGCGCACGGAGGCCCAGAAGAGGAUCCAGAGCCACUUUGCGGGCAACACCGAGGAGCCGGACAAGAUGCGCCGCCGCUCCAUCACGCAGGACCCCGCCGAUCACCAGCGGCGGCAGGAGCAGAUCAUCGAGCAGAAUCGUCGCCGGUGGCAGAGCCGGCCGGAGUCGAGGAGGGAAACGAACACCUCGGGGAUCACCUACCGCCCGGAGCUGAGGAGGGAAAAGUACUUCGAGGAGAAACUGCAGCGGGAAGCGGAGAAACGCCACCUCGAGGAAGAUGGCCAGACGGUGGUCUACGAUCCUAACCGUCCCACUGCCGAGUGGCUGAAGAAGCGCGAGUCGGAGGACGAGGCGGCAUACUGGCACUCCUGGCACACCUGCCCCAGUUCCCGGGACGCGGAGACCACGGAGGAGGUGAAGCACCAUCUGCGCCGCAAGAAGGUGGUGGCCCACCCGCCCGCCUAUCCCCGCGAUGGCCAGCGCCGCGGCUACCACCAGAUAGUGCCCCCGGUCUACCGGCUGAAGGCCAAGACCGCGGUGCUGCUGCACAAGCGACGGCCCUCUGGCAUCGAUAAGCAGUUCCACAAGUUCGCCCUCAAACAGGCCACUCCCUGGGAUCAGCACCUGCCCGAGCCGCAGAAGCCCCAUGUGGUGCCCCAGAAGCAGGACAAGAAGAAGCCCAAGCGCAGGGAGGAGCGUCGGUCCGUGGAGCCUCCGCGAUUCCGGAUGGUGGUCAAGACCCGAACCCCAGUGCCCCGUCCCUCCACGCCCGUCUGCAACUACUCCGUACAGCUGGACAUCCCGCCCUUCAUCGCCGGACCCAGUGCUUACAUGGGGGACCUUCGCAGGUCCGUCUCCAGCGGAAGCGCCAGAUAGAGGCCCAUUCGGAAGGGAAACCUCUUGAAUUACAUUUUAAUUUUUAAAUAUUGAAUACAUUUGGCUGAGCUCCUCUCGGGGUUCUGGGAUAUUAUA